AACGAGAUCCUUUUGUAUCGAUUGUCGGCUCCGAAAAUGUUACGCAAUGGGAAUGAAAAAGACCUACAGGAGCUCAACACUGAUAUAACCGAUACAAACACUAUUUCUAAUGCAAUAUACAUUGACUCGAGCCCUACACCUGGUCUUAGCCCACUGUCCAGCCAUGACCUAACGGGACAGUCGUGUCGUCCAGAUAUCAUACGAAUCCAUAGACCCAUAACUGACUACAGAAACCAAUUGAAUGAAUUAGAGGGCCGGCGGUUGCGCGAGCUGUUGGCGGCGACCCGUGGCUUAUCAGCCGAGAAAACACUGACGUAUAACACGGAAGAAGAGGGUAAAAUGAUGGCAGGAUAUAGGGACGUGAUUGGUGCCCGAUUUGAGUACCGGUUUCGCACGUUUAUCGAUAUGUCCAAAAAGUUGUCCCCUUUUAUUGAGUUGUGCGAACAUGAUAGAAUGAACUUGAUUAAGUAUGGAUGUUUGGACCUGUUUGGUUUACGAUCAAUUGCUAAUUAUGAUCAUUGCACUGGCACAUGGACGUAUAUCAUG